GUAUAUUAAUUGACAAGGCUGCAGGGUGGAGGAGAGGACUGCUGGUCUCUGCUGCACAUCACAGUGUGCACUCCACCUCUGAACACUUUUUACUGGAUCAGGGACUUUGUUGUUGUUGUUGUUGUUGUUUUUGUUCGCCGUCAUGAAUCCGCCUUGUGGAAGAUGCAAUAAACCAGUUUACCCCACAGAAAAAAUAAAUUGCCUUGAUAAGUACUGGCACAAAGGCUGUUUCAGCUGCGAGGUAUGCAAAAUGGCGCUGAGCAUGACGACCUACAAAGGCUUCGAGAAGAAACCUUACUGCAGUAUGCAUUACCCCAAAACCUCCUUCACCAUAGUGACCGACACCCCCGAGAACCUGCGUCUCAAACAACAGAGCAUGCUCAACAGCCAGGCGCUCUAUAAGGAGGACUUUGAAAAGAGCAAGGGGAAAGGUUUCAGCGUGGUGGCUGACACUCCGGAGAUGCAGAGAGUGAAGAAGACACAAGACCAGAUCAGUCACGCUCUUUACAAGGAGGACUUUGAGAAGAGCAAGGGGAAAGGCUUCAGCGUGGUGGUCGACACUCCAGAGAUGCAGAGAGUGAAGAAGACACAAGACCAGAUCAGUAAUAUAAAGUACCAUGAAGAAUUUGAGAAGAGCAGGAUCCGAAGUGAUGCACCUCCUCCUGAAAACAGACAAGACAAUGAAGCGCAACCACCCAACCCUGAGAGAUUCAGUCAGCCAGUCGGACAAAUGCGUCCUGCUGCUGUAGCACCACCUAGUGGAGGGAAGCGUUUCCAGGCCAUAUACAGCUACAUGGCAGCAGAAGCGGAUGAGGUUUCCCUCCAGGAAGGUGAUCUGAUCUUAGAUGUGGAGCCGGUAGACGACGGGUGGAUGUUCGGAUUCAACCAGCGCACGGGGCAGCGAGGCUUGCUGCCUGCCAACUACGUCCGACCUGUGUGAAUCGGAAAAACACGCCUGUACGAAUCUGCUGUCACCAACAACAAUCAAAAUUUUGCAAAUAAAAAACAAGUGGUUAGUUUUUGAAAUAUGUCUGGUUCUGCGUUGUCCCUUCUCACUGUAGGGAAGAACAGUGAUGCUAAAGAUUGAAGUGAAAUCAUCCAUCUGUAAGAGAAACCUAAGAAUGUAAAGCAGAAAGAAUAAAUAAUUAACCUACUAUUUGCUACAAUGCUUCACAUGUAAUGUUUUUAAUCUCUCUCAGGUAACAUUUACCUUUAUCCGUACGGCAGUAACAUGCACACAAACUGAUGAACCAAAGACAUCCUGAAUUGAUGUUUUGUAAAAACCCAUUUAACACUUUUAAACCAUACAUUAAUGAUUUUAUCAUGUAAGCAGAUUUAAUUAAAAGUGGAAU